CCGUAGGAAGCGCGUUAUUGGAGCGGCAGUAGGAGUGGCCAUGGUACUAAUACUAUUAGUCGCUAUUCCCCUAUUGGUCCACAGCACAAAGCUGGGUGGGUCUGGAGGUGGAGGUACGCAUUAUGAGAUGCUUGGAAGCUGUAAGAUGGUCUGUGACUCUCUAACACCCACCAAUGAACUAACACCUGUUUCCCCACCUCCUCAUGACAUCCCUGGACGCAGAGGGGGUAAGUUGGGUUUUCGUGGUACCCAAGGGCCAUCAGGGCCUGCAGGCCCACGUGGCCCCCCUGGAGAACCAGGAAAACCAGGUCCUCCUGGACCCCCAGGUCCUGGCCCAGGGGGUUACAUCCCAUCAUUCUACAGCCCCAAAAUAGCCUUCUAUGCUGGUCUGCGCAAGCAACAUGAGGGGAGUGAGAUACUCAAGUUUGAUGAUGUGGUGACAAAUGUAGGGAAUUACUAUGAGCCUACCACAGGCAAGUUUACCUGCCCUCUUCCAGGGAUCUACUUCUUCACCUAUCACGUACUCAUGAGGGGAGGAGAUGGAACUAGCAUGUGGGCUGACCUCAAGAAAAAUGGACAGGUGAGGGCCAGUGCAAUCGCUCAGGAUGCAGAUCAGAAUUAUGAUUACGCCUCUAACAGUGUGAUCCUGCAUUUAGAUGUGGGGGAUGAGGUAUUCGUGCAGCUGGAUGGUGGGAAAGUGCACGGAGGAAACACCAACAAAUACAGCACUUUCAGCGGCUUUCUCAUCUACCCCGACUAACACAUACACAUGCACACAAAAAUACACAAACACACACGCACAUAUUUUCAGAUAAUUACAGAUGCUGCUCACCCUUCAUGAAGUUAGUGAUGUACAGUAAGAUGUAGUCAACACCAUCAACAUUAGACUAUUAUACUAUACCUGUAAAUGGGGAGCAUGGGCAGUGAUAUCAUUAUAAAAUAACGAGGAACAUUUUUUUAUCUUAACAUAAAAUCUUAAAUUAUGCCUUUUUUGGUUUCAGCGUUAAAGUCAACAUGAAAUGGUAUUUACAACCCAUUUGACCAGCCUGAUCUCAUGAAAUGUAAGUGAC